AUGGCUUUGUCACCCAACCUGUACUGCCGUUUACACAUCGCCUGGGUUUCAUCAACACCCUCGGAGGGAUUGGACCUCGGGUUGUUCGUGUCAAGCGAUAAUGUUGACCAGCAGCGGGGGAGCCAUUGGGUCACAGGACUGAUUCAAUCUUCAAGGGAAGCCAGACCUUUUCAAAUUCGCCUUGAUGAUAAGGCAAACCUAUUUUUGUUGAGCUUACUUACAUUUCGAGUGAAAGUGUUGGGUGAAGAGAUUCGAAGGUCGGUUCCACCAGAAGACGGAUGGAUAGGAUCCAUAGAUCCCGACAUGAUAAAAAAUUGA